UAUUGAUAUUGUAAUUACCCUCAGUAUAUAUACCCGUUUCCCACAAAGUCAUUAGAUAUAGGUGAUAAACUGUUUCAUUUAUUGUAACGAAGCGGAUUCCCGUCCCGAAGCGGAUCCAGUUUUGGACAGGUUUUACAAAUUAUGACACUUUAUUUGCAUUAUUUCAAUUUCUGGAGCCACGUGCCAGGAACAUGCAGUACUGGCGAGGGAGUGCAACUGCGGAGACAGGGCACUUUACUAAGUCUUUCACCACAAAACCAGGACCAGACAGGAAACUUUCUCUUAUCGAUGAAUUCUUUUUGACAAUGGUCAGACUGAAAGUGGGACUUUUGACAGAAGAUCUAGCACAGAGGUUCAACAUCUCAACUGGAAGUGUAUCAUCCAUAGUAACAACUUGGGUAAAUCUGAUGUACACUGAUCUGAAAAUGCUUUGUGAGCUGCCAUCAAAGUCGGUUACCCAGACAAACCCAUCUCCAGCUAUGGGCUCAUUUGAUGAUGUCCGGGUGAUUUUGGACUGUACAGAACUUUUUGUACAGAACCCAAGUAAAUUGGAUGUCAGGAAACAGUUAUUUUCAAAUUACAAACAUCACAAUACCUACAAAUUUUUGAUUGGCAUUAGCCCACAGCUAGGCAUCACCUAUGUAAGUAGGAUGUAUGGUGGGAGAGCAUCUGACAAGUUUAUAACCUCAGAUUCAGCAGAUUUGCUACAAAAUUUGGAGACGGAGAAAGGUUCAGUGAUGGCAGACCGAGGAUUCUUGGUGCAGGGCAUCCUUAGUGAUAUGGGGGUUAAACUGCACAUGCCAGCUUUCAAAGGGGCGGACAGACCACAGCUUAGUGCAGGUGAAGGAGCCGUUUCCGAGAGAAUCUCCAAUGUCCGGAUUCACAUUGAGCGUGCAAUCCAGAGGAUAAAGACGUAUCACAUUCUUGACGGGGAACUCAAACUGUCAAUGAAAGACAUAGCAGCCCAAGUAUUUACAGUGUGUGCAUAUUUGGUCAAUUUCCAAAGCCCAAUAGUGAAAACUCUCUAGUGAAGUGGCACUCUGUCUUCACAUGAUAGUUGAUACGACUAGAAACCAAAUUUUGUGAACCUAGCUUGUAUACAUAGUGUAGGAGGUACCAAAGGUCAAUUUUUCUGCAUUAUGAAAGUAAAAGGUCAAAAUGUAGGUCAAAGUGACCUACUUUAAAACAUGCAACAUACCUCCCUCCCUUGGUGUACAUGUAUUUCCACACCAGAAUGGUAACUUGAUUGGCUCAACUAACGAGAUAUGAUUCCCCGGUUGUAUACUCUUAUUUGAACUAUGUAAUUACUGUAUAUAUUAGAGUGUCAUGUGUACUUACUUGCGAGAGAGAGAGA